AUGGUACGGACGCUGAACGAGGUCGUCGCCGCCAUUUUCGUCUGCAUUCUCCCAGUUGUCAGCGGAGGAUGUACAUCUAUUCCAUAUCCUCGUUUGCUCAGAGAAUGUUACGAUGAUAUUUCCGAGAAAUUUUCUACGACUGACUAUCCUGGCGAACUACCAAGCAUCAUUUGUAUUAACAAAUUUCGAUGGUGGACAGACUCGGAAUCGUGCCAUCCCACUAUACAUCCGGGCACUCUACAUUACGUCAGAGAUUUGUCCGACCACCACGGGAGGUACAAGAGAGGGGUACCACGUCAGAAACGAAAAAGGAAGGAGAUUCGAAUGCUUACUAAAAGGGAAUUAAAGAGAUUCUUCAAAGCGUUAAAACUGCUCAAAACAAAAAAGUUAAGUGUGCAGAAUACACAAGCUACACUGCUGGUAGCAAACACGAGUGUGUCUAUUUACGACGCCAUAGCUGGAAUACACAACGGCGAUAUUGCCAGGACAGCCCACAUCGGGCCUAACUUCCUGUCCUGGCAUCGCAUCUAUCUUUAUACUUUUGAGAAUGCGCUGCAUGCAGUUCAGCCCGGAGUUGUCCUACCGUAUUGGGAUUGCACCCUCGAGCAAGGCUUAGAAUCACCACAAUUAUCGAAAUUUUUUUCCAAAACUUUUCUUGGAAAAGCAAAGGGGAAACUGAAGAAAUCAAGGUUUGGUAACAGUCCCCUGUUGAAUAUCGUGAGGAAUAUUGGGUCUGGAGGACCUCUACCGAGUCGACUGGAUGUUGCUUAUAUUCUUACUCGAAACAGAACUAAAGACAUUGUAGUUCCCUUCGCAAACGCCCCGUACAACCUGGAAUACCUCCACAACGGAAUCCACACUUAUGUUGGCGGUCAUUUAGCCACACUCGAGAAUGCAACAAUGGAUCCAAUCUUCUUCCUUCUACACUGUUUCAUAGACUACGUAUUCGAGAAGUUCAGACAACGAUUGAAAUCCCUAGGCAUCGACCCGACAACCGAUAUCCCCGACCCGGGGGAAUACUAUCUGGGUGGAUUACAUCGGCCUGAUGUCACUAUGUCUGUCUUCGAAAACUACACAAACGCGGACGGGUACUCGGACUAUUGGACAGAUGAAAUUUACGAAUAUGAGGACAGUCCUAGCACGUGCGAGACGGAAUGUGGCUGUGAUCAUCUAGUAUGUAUCAAGGGCCUCUGUUAUCCUAAAACAGGAAGGGGAGCGCCCAUUCCAAGGAAGUUGAACGAAGAAGAAUUGAGAUAUUUCAAAGCAAGCAAACCUAUCGUAGAUGGUAUUAAUAAAACGGUUUCUGGAAACGAAAACGGUAUUGUCGAUAAAGGAAAAUCAAGGAAAAAGAGGGAGUCUUCUUUAAACAAACGGAAGAAAAGAAGUGCAUCUGUUCAGUUUGAUAAUCAAGUAUGUAGCGGGUUUCAUUGCCCCGGGUCGAAUUUACCAAUACAGAAUAUCUUCAGUAUAAACGGCGGACGCAGUGAUGUAGACGAAUGGGUAUUUAUAGCUGUCAAAGUGACAUUUUUCAGACCAUUAAAUCUACACUUCCAUACUUUCCAAAUGCAUAACAAUUCAAUAGAUGAAUCCCAUGAUAUAUUUGAUCCUUAUUUCUCUAAAAACUUACAAUCAGCAAUGCACGUGGGUCAUCAGGGUACCUACCGUAAUUUCUGUCGAGUCAACAGCGGGGGAGCGGGGAAAGUGUUCGUCCGCUCGGACGGACUGAAUUAUAACGGUUAUUCUAUGGAGUACGCUCUAGUGGACGAGCGACACCCAAUUUCUACUGGUACAGCAUACGUUCCUAUCAAAAGUCCAGCUAAAUACCCUACCGAGGUAUCACUUAUAGCUUACGAUGAGUGUGGUAGAACUUGUAUGCCUACAUGUCUUGUAAAAGCUUCGAGUCCACCAAAAUACAUCCCUUGUACCGGCUGUUUACGAUUCGAUCACUCUUCCCCGGCCUGCUAUGGAAAGACGGUGGCUGAUCUCAUCUACAACAUGUGGAAUUUCGGACCUCAAACCGGAAGUGAAGAAUGUCCUUCAGCAGAACACUCUUCGGUUCAUGUCAACUUCCUGUGUGACUCGUCAGACCUAUACCCCUGGGAUAGAAUUUAG